UUUCAACUUUACUGGAAAAAAAGUUGCAAUGGGUGGUUGAUAUGAGGCAGAGAGAAAAAGAUAUCACGUACUCAAACAAACUUUUUCUUCUGCCGGAUCUUACUUGAUCAAAAUCUAUGAUAAUAUUAUUAUUAGAUUCAGUUGCUUCCUGAUCAUAUUACUCCGGUCUUGGAAGAAAUAAGCUACUUCUUCAACAUGAGUGCCUUUUACCAUGAAGAGCCACCACAGGACUCCAAGAGAUGCAAAUUCCUUGCCAUGGUUUUGAAGAAUGUGUUUUCAAAUUGUCAUAACGGCAAUGGACGGUUUCCGCCUUCGAGCCCAGAGGAGGAGUAUCAAACAACCGACUUUGAUCAUGAGCAGGAAGUGGUUGUCUCAGAAAUCCGAAGUCGAGCAAUGGAGAAGCUGAGACGCAAGCCUUGUCCCAUGACUGAUAGCUUUUCCUGGGUCUUUUCACCAAGAAGCAGAGAAUUGUACUUAAAAGCACAUCAACAAAAAUAUGAUGAUGAUGAUGAUGAAGAAGAAGCGAGAGAUGAAUACUUUUCAGUUGGAAGCUGUUUCUCUUGUUAUUCGAGUGCUGUGAGCAGGGAAGCAUAUUACUCGGUAAAGACAAACUUAUCCGGCUAUAGUCCAAGCUUGAAUGGGUUUGAUUUUCAAGAUUUUCCAAAGCUUGAUUUUCAGGAUCUCCGGAGGUCUAUAGUUCAAGAACUUUGCUUUUGUGAGGGAUGGCCAUUCGGCCUCUGCAGGAGGGCUGUGUUACUACCACCUCUACCCAAAUCGCCAUCUGAAUCUUGGUCAUGGCGUAAAGGCACUAGAAUUGCUAAGAUGCCUUGUCUUUAGGAUAUCUGUUUUCUUUUUCCUUUAUUUCUUCUGUUUAUCAAUGGAAGCAGAUCUACUCGCUUAAGAAUAAUAAAGAGCCUAAAAAGGCACUUCAGGCAGCCAAA